UUGUUAUUCCACACGCGCGUACUUAUUUUUCAGCUCUUCGCUGGUCUCGUGUUGCUUGGUCCAGUUCGUUUUGACCUAAAUAGCAUUUCUGGUUCACAAUAACUGCGCCACAUAAAUGCAGCUACGCGCCGGUUAUCGCAGAUUAAUCCAUAAAAAUGCCCAAUUUAGAGGCGCCUAUUGGUUACGAUGAAUCUUCGCCCGACAAUUCCUAUUCCGCCGAGGCAGUUGACGAUGUACCGACGGUGGGCGAACCGAUGCAACCACUGCCGGCUGGCGCUGUUGAGAUACGCGUACAACCACCUGAGACACCAGCCAAUGUACGUCGCUUGCCUGUGCUUAGUCCGCAUCCUGUACGCGUACGCCCACUGCCACGCUUCAGCGAUUUCGAUCGUGAUAUAGCCGCGCUAGAGGAGGAGAAUCAUUGGCCUGUGGUGCCGGUGGUACAGCUGUUGCCGAUAAAUUUGCCGCCACAACUGCCCGAACCUUCAUUGGAUGAAUUGUUGCGCCGUGUCACGGGACGCAAUGAUUUGCAUAAUGUAGAAAUAGUGCGUCUGCGCGUCAUCUCCUACUCCAUCAGUUUGGCGCGCUUGCCACUCUUCUUGCCACGGCUGCAGCAUCUUGACUUGAGCGGUAGUGUACUUUGUUCGUUGCGCGAUGUCGGCUAUGGUCUGAUGCAUUUGAAUUAUUUGAAUGUGAGUAAUUGUGGACUGAAUAGUUUCGAUGGCACAAGUGGGCUGCCAGCUGUGCGCACACUUAUCGCCGAUGGCAAUAUGAUACAGCGCGUUGAUCCGCUCACCGAACUGCCUUUACUGCAGCAUCUGAGCGCGCAGAAUAAUCGUAUCAGUGACUUGGGUUUACUUACUUUUCUCGGCUUGUGUCCGAAUUUGCGGGAAUUAGAGUUACUGGGUAAUCCUGUCGUCAAUCUCUCACUCUACCGCACCACAAUGCAACGUAGCGUUCCUACGCUGCGGCUAUUGGAUGGCGCAACUUUGGGAGAGGAGAACGUCACGCAGGCCACAAUUGUCAUUGAAUCUGCCAAUGUUAACUCUUCAACAGAUGGUGAGGUUUCAUCGCUUUCGAGCGAGUUGUACUCCGACUCUUCACACGCCGAAUCGAAUGCGUCGUCAUUGCCAAUUGUGGCUUUAGCUACGCGGAGGCCUGCCACAGCGCCUCAGCGUGCAGCAUCUGAAAGAAGCGGUUCGAAUCAGUUGCAAAGGCCAGCUUCUGUUUCUCAUUCGGCUGAAACGCGUCGUAACUCACUCUCCAUGGGCGCGCCCGUGGUUGGUUCAAUGGUUAGUUUGGCGCGUCGCAACCGGCGCCAGCGUCGUCAGGCUUGGACUACGUCUUCAAAUAGUUCUUCAUCAAACUCAUCCACACACUCACCAUUGGGUAAUGAAAGUUUCGAACUGCGGUUGCCUACGCUGCAACAGCAAAUGUCUAGCGAUAGCAACGACUGAUUGCAGAAUGCAACUAAUCAGAAUAAUAAGCAGUUUAAGGCUUUACAAAAUAAAGAUUUUAA